UCUCCAAACAAUAUAAAAGCAGCCAGAGAGAUCAUAUCAGAUAGACUGAAGACGACUGAGCGACGUUCAACUUGACAAGAUGAAGUCUACCAUUUUACUGUUUGUUUCUCUGUUCUGUGGCCUGAUUUUGGCCCAAGAUGAUGGUAGUACUACUGAAACAGAAAACAAUAGUACACCAGGGCCAUGCUUUCCUGAUAUGUGUGAUAUCCUGCAACAGUUAGGUGCCCUGAAAGAAAAACUCAGCUCUGUGGAAACCAAACUGGCGGACAGUGAAACCCAGAUUCAGGAACUGAAGAACAAAGAAAGUACCAAGGUGGUGUUCAGCGCAGCAUCAGGAGGAGGAGAUACAGCCACUGGACCCUUCAACACAGACACAACUUUAGUCUUCAGAAGAGUGAUAACAAACAUCGGUGGUGCCUACAGUCCAUUCACAGGUAUCUUCACUGCACCUGUUGCAGGUGUUUAUUAUUUUACUAUGUUCUAUCAUGCUGGAGGAGCACAUUAUUCAGGGUUGAAUCUCAUCAAGAACAAUGAAGACAUUGUCAAGACAAGUGAUCACCCAUCAAGCUCUGACCCUUCUGAUAACGGAGGAAACGCCGCGUUCCUGCAGCUGCAGCCAGGAGACACUGUGUUUGUGCGCUUGGCUACAAACAACUUUAUUUGGGGAACAGACUACCAUACUACUUUCAGUGGUUUUCUGGUCACCUCAUCAUGAGAAUCUCUGUUUAUCGAUUUGUUCCUGCUUGAAGAUGGAUGUAAAAAUCUAUCUUAAAAUCUAAUGGAUCAGAAGAUUGUUGCUCAUAAAAUAAAGAGUCUGAAAAGGA